CUUGCAUCGGCAAUCAUGCUGUGGUGAGUAACUCCAUUCAUUUAUUUAUUAUUAUAAUUUUUUAUUUAAUUUGUUAGUUUGUCUACUUGCAGCAGUUCAACUAACUUAAGGUGGGAAAUAUAUGAUAUUUAGUCAAUUUAUUUAUGAAAUAAUAUGAUAAUCAUUUCCCAUGAAUCAUGCCAAUCCGCCAAAUGGGGAUAAUUUUAUUGUCUCUUCUCAUUGAAGCUAAAAUCACAGUCUGAAGUUGUGAAUUCACGGCGGAAGUGGUUUGGUAGUUUUUAACAUUAUAAAUUGCAAAUUAGAAUAACGAAAAACAUUUGCAUGGUUGAAUCUACACUUUACAUUUUUGUAAUGUAGGAUUAUAAAAUGUUAUUUUUGUAUUAAAAAAAAAAAACACAAUCGAAAACUACACUUUGUAGUUGUAGAUUUGACUUUCGCUGGUUCCAAUUGCGAAUCUUGUUGACAGUAUUUUCUGAGUUUGUUACCUCGAAAGGAAAAAAAAUUGUUUUUGGAUUCGUAUGACCUUACAUACAAUUACUACUAUGUUUUCUUUUGAGGUGAGAUAAAUCGACGAUAUCAUGAUUCAUGUGAUUUGUAAUAUAUGGACCAUAAUUUGCUAACCAAACCCCCCGAAAAUGGACCAAGGAAUAAAUGAAUGCCAACCAUUCCGGCAUGGCAUCAAACGUUUGAUACUCAGCCUCCCCUUUAUAGUACUGAUGAAAUAAAUGAUCUUGUUUUAUGUAGGAUUUUUUUUUUUAUAGUACUAAUAAUUUGGAAUUUUGUACCAUUCGUUUUCGGCGCCCGUCCACAGUCAAGCCUAGUCCUUGUCUUAAUUUGGUUUUAUAUUGCAAUAUGAUGUUCACUGACUUUUUCUCCGGUGCGCAAUUUGUGUAUUUUUCUUCUAAAAAUCAACAUAUUUUUUUUUUAUAUAAUUAUUUGUAGUUUACUAUAUGGGUAACAUGUUUGAUUUGAAUUUGUGUAGCUUAGAGACAUGGUAUUUCAUGGCCUUAGUUCUAUUUGCUGGAUAUUUGAAGAACGCAGAAGUUGCCGUGGAUGCUCUUUCCAUCUGGUACCUUUUCAACCUUGCAAUUUUUACUCUCUAUAUUAGUGGUUCCUUUAAGGUAGGUGGUGCCAUUGCCAGAUACGUUUUUAGAAAAUUCUACUUGGAUUUGGAGGGGAGGAUCUACUUUUGUUGUACGGCGUUUAUUUGUCUGAUGUUUGUUUCUUACUUUUGGAUAAGCAUUGUUGUCCUUUUCUAUAAUGUUUCAUAGUUUAAAAAAAAAAAGGGAUGCUGAAAAUAGAUGAUCAUUCAGAAAAGGUUUAAAAAGAAGUCAUUAUCAUUUGGGGUGUAGAUAGUCAAUUUUUUGGCUAUAAAGGUUAGGUGCCAAAGUGGAAUUGGCUUCCAAUUUGUCACCACUAUACAGAUGGAAGGAGGACGAAGUGGUUAAAAUAAUUGAAAAGCACACAGGUUGAAUUAUUGUUAAAUUUCCACAUUUUAACAGUCAGUGAUUUGAAUGAUUGCCCUGACUUCAUUGAAUUUUUUUGCAGCACAAACAUCCUGGGUUGGGCCGUCAUGGUUGCCAUUGGAUGCAAUGCAGCAAUAAGUGUAAGAGUUUCGAAUGAACUGGGGGCAGCUCACCCAAGAACCGCAAAGUUUUCAGUUCUGGUGGUGGUGGUAGUAGCCUUUCUCAUCGGAGUUGGGCUCUCAAUAUUUCUACUUGUCUUCCGGAAACAAUAUCCAUCCUUGUUCUCCGAAAGCGAUGAAGUUAAAAACCUCGUCUAUGACCUAACCCCAUUGUUAGCAUUUUGUAUAGUGCUUAACAACGUUCAACCUGCUCUCUCUGGAGUGGCAAUCGGAGCGGGAUGGCAAGCGCUGGUUGCUUAUGUAAACAUCGCAUGUUACUAUGUGUUUGGUAUUCCGUUGGGUUUGUUGCUCGGUUACAAAAUCAACAUGGGCGUCAAAGGCAUUUGGUACGGAAUGGUUACCGGAACGGUUGUCCAAACUAUUGUGUUGUUCUACAUAGUCUACAGAACCAACUGGAACAAAGAGGCGUCAUUUGCUGCCAAGAGAAUACGACAGUGGGGAGGGGAGCCAGAAGCAAACGGAAAUGACGUUGAGAAAUGAUGUGGAUUUCGUUUGACAGUCCAACUAUGGCGUUCAAGAAAAAACUAAAAUGUUUGCACGCCCAUUAAUAUCUAGAGGGAUUUAGAUAGGGUUUUCCUUUUUUAUUUUUUUUUUUUAUUUAAAAAAAUUGUACCGUCGAUGAUGGAACUCGCCUUAAUUUCAUUAUUAUGGGCGGGUGAUAUGAUAUCUUUGGCAAAUAAUGUAAUUCCAGCCAUUUUGUUGUUUCAAUAUUCAAAAAAAUAUUAUAAAUAUUAUUAGUGAAAUUAUAGUGGAGUCCAGAUAGAGCACAACAACGGCCAAAA